AAAAUGACCACAAGACUUCUGAGAAAAACCCUGGCUUUGCUCUUCCUUGGCCUCUUUGGGGUCAUGAAGGCGACAACAAUAUCGUGCAGAAAUGAAGAAGGUGAAGCUGUGGAUUGGUUUACCUUUUAUAAGUUACCUAAAAGGCAAGACGAGAAAAGUAGAGAGACUGGGUUAGAGUACCUAUACCUAGACUCUACCAGCAGAGGCUGGAGGAGGAGUCAGCAGCUAAUGAACACCACCAAGAGUGUUUUGGGAAGGACCUUACAACAGCUGUAUGAAGCAUAUGCCUCCGAGAAUAACAACACAGCCUAUCUAAUAUACAACGAUGGAGUCCCUAAAUCUGUGACUCACGGCAGAAAGUACGGACACACCAAAGGUUUAUUGCUGUGGAACAGAGUCCAGGGGUUCUGGCUGAUUCAUUCCAUUCCCCAGUUUCCUCCAGUUCCUGAAGAAGGCUACGAUUACCCACCCACGGGGAGACGGAACGGACAAGCCGGCAUCUGCAUCACUUUCGAGUACCGCCAGUAUGAAGCAAUAGAUUCUCAGCUCUUGGUCUGCAACCCAAAUGUUUACAGCUGUUCCAUCCCAGUCACCUUUCACCAGGACCUUGUUCACAUACCCCAGCUGUGUGCCAGGUCCAGCUCAGCAAAGAUGCCUACCCGUCACCUUGCCACACUUCAGUCAACCCAGGGGCAAAACUUCCUUCAUUUUGCAAAGUCUGAUUCUUUUCUUGAUGACAUCUUUGCUGCCUGGAUGGCUCAACGCUUGAAGACACACUUGCUAACAGAAACCUGGCAGCGAAAGAGACAAGAGCUUCCUUCAAACUGCUCCCUUCCUUACCAUGUCUACAACAUCAAAGCAAUUAAGAUAUCUAGACACUCAUAUUUUAGUUCCUAUCAGGAUCAUGCCAAAUGGUGUACUUCCCAAAAGGGUACAAAAAAUCGCUGGACAUGUAUUGGAGACCUCAAUCGGAGCCCAUCCCAAGCCUUCAGAAGUGGAGGAUUCAUCUGUACCCAGAAUCAGCAUAUUUACCAAGCAUUUCAAAGAUUAGUUUUGUAUUAUGAGAACUGUAACUAAACUUGCUCAAAGGACAUACGUGCCAUCAUCUUCAGCAUUGAUAAUGUGUUUUCUUCUACUAGAUCCGUUCUUUAUAUGUUAAA